CAUUCUCCUUUCCUGGACUCCCAAAUCUCAUUCCCGACUUGUUCCAAUCCUUCCCUGAUCGCCUCUACGGACGCAUCACGGUUUGGCCAAGAAGCAUAGAGAAUCAAGGCUUAUUCCCGGUCUUGGCGUCGCACCUCGCGUGGCUUUGCGUCUUCCGCAGCUUACCUCACUGCCUGAGUUAUUCCCAGCCUAGAGCCGAGCGACCAGCAUUCGGCUACCCGUCCACGCGCGGUGAGCUUUGGUGGGACGUUGGAAGGGGAGUCAGAGUCCGCGCCCCCGUCCAUCCGCAGCCCUCGGUGUUGUCGAGUCAACCGAGCUUGUCCUCGAUCAGGCCGCAUCUGCCGCCUCCCGCCUUGGCGUGGCUUUUCCGGGCUGUUCGCGGAUGGAGAGACUGGCGCAGCAGUCAGCACUGGGCCGCCCGCCGCCCGCUCUCUCCUCAGUCUCGGCUGCCGGUGUCACCAUCUACGUGUCGCCCAACGUCGCCGCGCCCGCCCACCAUCACCACCUGCGGCAUUCGCACCCGCACCCUCAGUUGAGUGUCGGCGACGCCCCGCUCCGCCGUGGGCCCAAAAGGGUCGCCCGUGGAGAAAUUGCGGCUGCUGAAGAGUCAUCGCCGUUAUGGGCCCAAACUGCCGCAGCCAAGGCCGACGGAGCCGGCCGCGCCGGACAAAGCCCCGGUCUUGGCACCUCUCCCGACAACAGAGACAGUAGUACGGCCUCGCCGACGGCUUCGGCGGAUCAGCCGAGGAAAAAGCAAAAGCGGAACAAGCCGACCCUGUCUUGCUUUGAGUGCGUCGAGAGGAAAACCAAGUGUGAUCGUGGGAGACCCCAUUGCCUUGCUUGUAUAAAACGCCAGACAGAGUGUCAAUAUGCGCAUGUCGCCAAUUUGCUCGAAGAGACCACUCGAAACGCAACCAACGGUCGCCGCAUGACAAGACCGCCCAAGAAGCGGCCAGAUGGUGUCCAGCAUAAUAUGCCGAAUGCUGCUGACCGCGGUUUUAACGUCGGGAGACUUAAAGCACUGGGCUCUGUCUCCACGUCCACCGGUCUUUUGUCUAAUGUUCCUUAUUCCGCUCCCGGAUCGUCCAACGUCUUUGGUAUCGGUUCAGAGCACCCGUUUGCCAAUUAUUGGACCUGCGAAGGUGGCCUACCGGAAGUCAUCUCUGUACUCCCUGACAAGCUACAGGCUGACAUCCUGCUAAACCGCUAUUUUGAGUGCGUUGACCCGGUCUACCCCAUGCUCCACAGGCAGACAUUCUACGCCGAUUAUGAGCACUUCUGGUCUCUGUCGCGGCCGGACAAAGACCGCUCGGAUGCCGCAUUUGUUGCGCUAGUUUUCGUGAUGCUGGCCCUGGGCACGCAAUUUGUUACGUCGACGUCUCCCAGGGAAAGGAAGCAGACAGCCGAGUUCUACGCAUCUGCGAGCAAUCAAGCACUGCGCAUGUGCUCGUAUCUGAGCACUGCCUCCAUAAGGACCAUCCAGGCCAUGGUUCUCAUUACAUACUUUCUCAUCAAUGACAACCACGCCUCCGACGGCUGGGCUUUUGCCGGGAUAUUGAUGCGGCAGGCCUACGCCAUGGGAUUGCACCGCGAUCCGAAUAUUGUCGUUCCCGACGCACCUCCCUUUGAGAAGCAACAACGCCGCAAAGUCUGGCAGGCUGUCCUCUUACAAGAUACCUUCCUCACCGUCCUCCUCUCCCUCCCGCCGAGCGCCACCCACACCGACGUCAGCGUCGAAGACCUCGUCGCGGACGACUCGUCCAUCGCGUCAGACGACCCGACCGACACGGCUUACAUCCGCGGCUCCUGGACGCUGGCCAACCUGGUCCAGGAAACCAUCUGCUCGCCGCGCUCCCUCGACGUGCCCAUCUGCACCACCGCCCGGCACAAGUCCAAGCUCGUCGCCGACUUCCGCGCCGUCUACCGCUCCUUCCCGGACGUGUUCCGCUCGUGGGACCCGGACGCGCUCGCGCAGCUGGCGCAGACCAACAAGCGCGUCGUGCGCCAGACGCUGUUCCUGAGCAGCAAUUACUUUCACAAUCUGAUGCUCGUCCACGCCUCGGAGAGCCCUGACGUGCCGGUCAAUGUGCGGGGCACGCUCGAGGCGGCGCACGACGCCAUUACGGCUUUUUUUGUCCUGUUUGCGCUGUUCGAGGCCGAGGCGCGCGUCUGGUGGGUGUUUAACCACCGCGCGUUUCUCGAGGCGCUGUGUAUCGGGAAUGUGUUGAGGGAGGUGGCAAAAGAGCCUGGUGGAGAGGAGAGUAUGGUCAAGGAUCCUUUGUUUGUGAGAGCUAGGGGGGAUAUUCACCGCAUGAUUCAGAUAAUGCAGGCCAUGAGUGAGGGUGAACAGGGUUCGCAGACGGCUAGGACGAGGGUGGCGGUUUUGAGCGAGUUUUUGCUGUAGUGGCGGUGAGAGUGUGUGGUGCAUGUCUGUAUAGGUAAAAGCCUGGGUUUGGAUAAGUCGGUGUUCUGGGCGUGCAGGCAAACGACGUACAUUCGAGGGCUAGGGAGAGCUACUGAUGUCUAUGCAGUACUCUGUGAUGGGUGUAUGUGAGCAGUGCAGUCUGGUGUUUGCGUGGUGUUGACUGCGGAGGAGGGAGUAUAAUUACCACUUGCUUCAGACGAGUUCAAGGGUGCGCUGGAGGUUUGUAUACAGACAGUACUAAUGCCGGAACAUCAUGCAAUCGACCAUAAGAUGUACUACCUACAU